AUGUCUGAAUCACAACGAGAUCUAGCGAACAAAUAUGCUGAAACUACUCGUCAAAAGCGAUCAUUUUGGGGAUGGUUGUCUGGAAAGUCCAAUGAGCACAAAGACAGCAGAGCAAAGGUUCUUCAAGCAGAAAAAGAACUGAGAAGGAUCUCCAGCGGUCUCGAAGAAGACAAGCAAGACGCCAUUCCUGCAAAAUAUCUGCCUCUGACCUUUGUACCGGAUUUCAUCAUCGAGGAAAUUCUCAAUGACUCCUUUCGUAAUUUACCGUACAUGGUUUCCUCUAAUUCAGUCCUCUUAUUGGCUGAUGUGUCUGGAUUCACAAAACUGACAGAGUCUUUCUGUGAGAAGGGGGUGGCAGGAGUCGAAGAACUAGUUUCUGUUUUGAAUGGCUACAUGGGCACAUUAGCUUCCAUGUUGAUUGCAUCCGGCGGCGACAUCUUGAAUUUCGCUGGAGACGCAUUUUUGGUCCAAUGGCAGCAAAAAGAUGAUGAAAAUAUCCCCGACACAGUAGGGCGAGCAUACCAUUGUGCAAUAGCGCUGCAAACCCAUCAAAGCUUGAAAGAGAAGGACCUGAAUGGAAAAUUGAGAGUAAAAGUCGUCCUCGCAGUGGGGGAAAUCAUGACUUGGGUUUUAGGAUCACCUAGUGAAUUUCUGCUCUACGUUCUAGCUGGACAACCCCUGCCAAAAGUUCAGAGAGCAGAAAGUCUGUGCUCUGCAGGACAAAUUGUGGUCACUGAAAAAGUGUUUCGCUACCUUCAGGAAGUAAAGGCUCCCCUAUUCACCCAUUCUGAAGUUUCCCAUGGAUUUUUUAAGAUUACUAACCUUACGAUGCAUAUCUAUAGGGAUGAGUACAUUCCCAAUAGAAUAAAAAAAUUUGAACUCUGCGAUCAACAACACAUAUCGAUGGCAAAAGCGUUUUUGAUUCCUGGAAUCAGAGGGAUAAAAACAGGCACUGAAUUAAAUUACUUAUCCGAAAUGACCAUGGUCACCACAGUGUUUGUUGUCUUAUUGAAUGUGGACAUCGAAGAACCAACACCACUAGAGCGUACUUUUGACAUAACGCUAUCGUCUGCGAAGAAAUUCGGAGGCAUACUCAAUAAGAUGUUUUUAUUUGACAAAGGGUGUACAUUCCUGAUUGCUUUUGGUCUUCCUAUGCUAAAGCACUCAAAUGACGCAGCAAGAGGAAUUCUUUGUUCUAAAGACAUCGUAGACAAACUGAAAGCUAUCGACAUAACAAGUUCAGUAGGAAUAACAACAGGUACUUGCUUCUGUGGAAUUGUAGGUCAUCCACAACGACAAGAAUAUACGGUGAUGGGCCGUCGUGUGAACAUGGCAGCCCGUCUAAUGAUGGUAUACAAUGACGAGCCAAUCGUUAUGGAUGCUGAGACUUUCCACCUCAGUCGAGAUGAACUCGUAGAGGGUAAUUUCUUUGAGCUUCCUGCACGCAAGAUGAAAGGCAUAGAGAGUGCAGGUGCAAUAUACGGUUACGAGUUUAAAACUGCGAGAAAAGGGAGUUUAGUCGAUUAUGAUACGUUGCUUGUCGAAGAUUUCCAGAGCAGAGACAACGAACAGGGGAAAGUUCGGGAGAUACUGGAAGCCUUAAAAGAAGCAUCCCGUAUUCCAAGACAUACUGAAUCAUUAUUACCCGUAAUAAUAAUAGAAGGUCCCACCGGAAGCGGUAAAAGCUAUCUCAUGCACUAUGCAUUAGAAACAGCCGAUUCUAUGGGAUAUAAAGCGAUUUGUUGCUGUGCGAUCGCUUCCCAAGCGGAAGAACCAUUUUCCGUGGUUGCUCGCCUUGCACAACGAAUGCUAGGUUUCACCUUCAACAAAAGUUCAGAGGAGCGCAUGUGCCGACUUCGUCAACUAUUCGAUGGCAACGAACAAGAUUUGCAUUACAUUAAUCAUUUAUUCGAAGUUAGCUUUCCUUCGCCUAAGCUGUCGUGUUCCGUAAAGCCUCAAAUUGAUCACAAAUUCGUACAUAUAUUGAAGACCAUAAUAAAGAAGGCUUGCUCCGAUAAGUAUACUUUGAUAGCAGUCAAUAACGUAGAUUUUAUGGAUGAAUCAUCUUGGUUGGUGUUACAAGGCCUGGCAGAAGAAAGUAAUAACUUCACCUUUUUGUUCAGUUUAAGUUUUGACUUUCAAAAACCAUGGAUUGUAGCUUCUGCUUUUCUUCUCAAAGCUUCAGCCCACAUCAACAUGGAGGCAACUGGUGAGGAUUACUUCAUUUCAACGGUGUGUUGGAUGCUAAAUAUUAAAGCCUUCAACAAAAGUCUUUUCUCGUAUUUGUACCAGAACACGCAAGGAAACACUCAGCUGCUUGGAGAAAUGCUUCUAUCUCCGUCUUUCGCAAAUCACGUAAUUUACAUACCUCUGAAAGACAUUCCGGAAAAAAAGAGAACGUCUUUCUACAUACACCAACUUGACAUGCACCAGGGCGAUCAGGACACAUGGAUUGCUUGUGACUUGAAACCUGGUGUUAGUCUUAUGGAUAUAGUCAUCCCAAAUAGCAUUAACGACGUCAUGAAAGAAAGACUAAAUAAUUUAACAAUCCAAGACCGUUUAGUCUUAAAACGAGCAGCCGUACUGGGAUACGAUUUUGAUCAACAAACCUUACGUGUUGUCAAUUCUAAACUCGACAAAAAGGAAAUAACAGAAUCUAUCAACCGUCUCAUCCAUAAUUACAUAUUGAGUUCGGCCUGUUUACAGUCAGAAAAGCCGGAAAAGAAGUCCCUCUUAAGACUGCGACCUAGAGAUAAAUGCUUAUGCUAUAGUAUACAUCGUGAAAUAGAGGACGAGGCAACAACAGAUGAAGAAUUUAAAACAGGUCCAUAUCACCGGCUGAAAUUCCGCACGGCUAUUUUCAAAAACUACAUUCUUCAGAAUAUGACGCAGGAACAAGUAUACACAAUGCACGUGGAGAUGGCCGACGCGUUGGAACUAAAGUCGGACUGUUUUUUCUGCCAAGAUAAAAAGGGGAAGAAAACUUCAGUAACUACCGAUGUCAUCCAAUCAUUGAACCGCUAUCCCAUUCAACUCGACGAAACCAAUUGCUUGUGUCUGCAACGUAGGGCAAAUACUCUUACUCAAAUAUCGCGACUGUACACGGAUAUUGGUGUAAAACUGCUGCCAGUUUACUUUACGCGCAGAGCCGCUGAAGCAGCUCUGGACAUCGAUCACGCUUUCCAAGCGCUCUUCUAUCUGAAAAGGGCUGAAGAAAUGUUCCCAGUCUACUGGUCAGAAGAAGAUCAUCAAGAAGAAAUUCACUUUGAGCCUCUUGUGAUGAAAGCUUCCCUUAAGAAAACGACUGCAAAUGCUUUCUUACAAAUCGGAGAUGUAUAUUGGGGGGCUACUUGUGUCUUUCAAAUGCUAGAAAUGUUUGGAUUGAAUGCGGUUAGGUUUGCCCCCUUGUGGAGCAAAGACACUGAAGAAACUUGA